AUGACCUGCCACUACUACCCCCCGGCAGACCUAGACGAGCUAGAAGAAGAAGCCACACAAGCAGAUGUAUCCUCACAAGUGGCGGCGCUGCAGAUUGUGGCGGGCAUUUUCAACCGGGCCGGCCUGCCGUAUGGGGUGAUGGGGGGCAUGAACUUUUAUUUUCGCGGGACGGGCCGGACGACGGAUGAUGUGGAUUUGGCGGUGACGGGGGAGCAGAGUUUGGAGAAGACGCUGGAGUUGUUGGAGGGAGAGGAGAGAAUCACCCGCCCCAGAAGCCGCAUGGCCUGGGUUGGCGGAGUAGCCCGCACCUUUGUCCGCGUCGACAAGCAACAAGUCCAAAUCGACCUCAAAUGGCAAAAAAGCGAAGGCCACGGCAUGCCGCUCGAUCUCGACUCGGCCACUGAAGUCUUCCAUCUAACAAAAGACAAAUCCGCCCCCGGUGUCCGCUUUUUGAGGGUUGCACCCCUGGUCAAAGCCAAGUUCCAGUCAUACGGACGCGAGAAACCGGGGGAUUAUGUGGAUUUGUUGUUUAUCUGUACGCAUCCGAAGUAUGGGGCAGAGGUGGAGGGGGUUGCGGGGGAGAUUAGAUUGGAGAAGAGGGAGUUGUUUUUGCGGGAGGUUGGGGAGAGGCAUGGUGGGAGGGUUAAGGAGGUGGGUGAGGUGUUGGGGGUGGAUUUGAAUGUUUUGGAGGAGGUUGCUGAAGCUGAUUCUGAUGAUGAUGCUGAGGAGGACUAA